GCGGGAGCGAGGGAAGAUGGCGGAGGGCCUGGAGCGCGUCCGCGUCUCGGCCGCCGAGCUGCGGGACAUGGUGGCCGCCCAGGCCCGCGCCGCCGCCGCCGGGGGGACAGAAAACGUGACGGAGGUGAAGGAGCCAAGGCACCGCAAAGACAACAGGCGCCCGGACCUGGAGAUUUACAAGCCUGGCCUCUCCCGGCUGAGGGGCAAGCUCGUGUCACCGAAGCACGAGGCCGCCGAGAAGGAGAGGAGCGGGGCCGAGGAAGGCAAGGAGGAGAGCGCUGCUGAGAAGGGCCCUUCGGCAGGAGGGGCUCCGGCCGCAGAGGACUUCGGCAAAGGCGACAGCCGCAGGCAGAACGGCCCUUUGCAGGGGAACGAAGAGACGGAGGCUAAAGGUGGGCGUCAGAGCCAGGAGAGCUCGUGCAAACAGCCCGCUGCGGAUGAGUGGUGUCCCAAGACCACGAGGAGAGCCAAGAAGCCAGACCAGCAGAUCUACCAGCCCGGGAAGCGCCUGCAUUCGGUUGCCAAAGAACCAGCCCUGCGCUCAGCUGCCGAGGAAGUCUCCUGCAAGAUGGAGCAGCUGAGAGUCGAGGGAGACAAAGAGGCUGAGAAAGGUACCGCAAAAGACACCAGGAAAACCAAACCGGGCAACAGAGAGGGAAGCCAGGCCGGGGAAGGAGGGAAAACCUCGAGGGGAGAAAAAGGAAGACGGGCGGAGCGAAGCGACAGGCUGAGGAGAGCAAACGACGAGGUGAUGCAGGGGAAGCUGGGCUCCACGAAGCGCUACUCCCGCUCUGACAAGCGGCGCAGCCGAUACCGCACCUGCAGCACCAGCUCAGCCGGCAGCAACAACAGCGUGGACGGGGCCCCGCUCGUGGACGGGGUGGAGAGGCGGCAGGAGCGUGCCAGGGAAAGGGCACGUGCUAGGAAGCAGCUCUCCGCGUCCUCCACGGACUCCUUGGACGAGGACAGAAUCGACGAGGCAGAAGCGUACGUCCCCAGCAGGCUUGCAGACAAGAAAAAGCGUUCAGAGCAGAGUCGAGCGUCUCGGAGCGAGAGCGAGUGGAGCAGCAACGGCCGGGAGGUGAAGGGGUCCUUCCGAGUCACGUUUGACAGCAGGACCAUGAGCAGGGAUAUCAGCCUGGCAGACGCGGAUAAAAAGCCCCCGAAGGCGUUUGCUGGUUGCAGUGACUCAGAGGCUUCGGAGGCGAGGAGCCAGAGCAGAGAGCCCCAGGGGAGGGGCCGCGGGAUCCUCUUCCUGCCCGCCAACACGGACCUCUCUGCCAGCACCGCGGGCUCCCCCGAACCCGGCCACCCCGGGCCCCGGCUGCUGCUCGCCGGCGCCGGGACCAAAAGCUCGCGAAGCCGGGGCCGAGGCGGCACCGCUCGCAGGCUGUGGGACCCCAACAACCCGGACCAAAAACCCGCCCUGAAGAGCCAGAGCGCUCAGCUCCACUUCCUAGACACGGACGACGAAGUGAGCCCCACCUCCUGGGGGGAAGCCCGCCAGGCCCAGACGUCCUACUACAAGUUCCAGAACUCCGACAACCCCUACUACUACCCCCGGGCCGCCGGGCAAGGCCCGCAGUAUCCGUACGGCGGCUACUCCCUGCAGUAUCCCGUGGGUCCGAGCAACGGGGUGUACCCAGGAGCCUACUACCCGGGGUACCCCGGCCAGGCGGGGCAGUACGUGUGCGGCCCGCUCCCCCCGGCCCCUCUGAGCCCCGAGAUGGAGCAGCAGAUGCGGAGCAUGCAGCAGCAGGAGCUCAGCAAGCUCCUGCGCGAGGCUGGGAACCAGGAGCAGCAGCUCAGCAACCUGCUCUCCAGAGACCGCAUCAGCCCGGAGGGGCUGGAGAAGAUGGCCCAGCUGAGGGUGGAGAUGCUGCAGCUGUACGAGCGGUGCAUCCUGAUGGACAUCGAGUUCUCGGACGCGCAGAACGUGGACCAGCUGCUGUGGAAGAAUGCCUUCUACCAGGUGAUCGAGAAAUUCCGGCAGCUUCUCAAGGACCCUCUGGGGGAAAACGCCCAGGAAAUUCGGAUCAAACUUCUCCAGCUUCUAGAUGAGGGCACUUUGUUUUUCGACGGCUUGCUCCAGAAGCUGCAGGUGUCGUACCAGUUCAAGCUGGAGGACUACAUGGAUGGGAUGGCCAUCCGCAGUAAGCCCCUGCGGAAAAUGGUGAAGUACGCGCUGAUCAGUGCUCAGAGGUGUAUGAUUUGCCAAGGGGACAUCUGCCGAUACCGAGAACAAGCAAACGAUACAGCCAACUACGGAAAGGCACGCAGCUGGUACCUGAAGGCUCAGCAAAUCGCUCCCAAGAACGGCCGCCCGUACAACCAGCUGGCACUCCUGGCCAUAUACACGAGGAGAAAGCUGGAUGCUGUCUACUAUUACAUGCGCAGCCUGGCUGCCAGCAACCCCAUCCUCACAGCCAAGGAGAGCCUCAUGAGCCUGUUCGAGGAGACAAAACGCAAGGCGGAGCAGAUGGAGCACAAGAAGCAUCAGGUGCUGGAGCUGAGCCCCAGCCGCCGGGGGAAGGGCAAGAAGUCCACGUUGCGACAAGUCGGGGACGACGCCACGCGGCUGGAGAUCUGGAUCCAUCCCUCCCACCCCCGCUCCUCCCAGGGCCACGAGUCUGGCAGGGAUUCUGAGCAGGACAACGGUCUUGGGAACCUCAGCCCCAGCGACCUGAACAAAAGGUUCAUCCUCAGUUUUCUCCAUGCCCAUGGGAAGCUGUUUACCAGGAUUGGGAUGGAGACGUUCCCUGCGGUGGCCGAAGAGGUCCUGAGGGAGUUCCAGGUCCUGCUGCAGCACAGCCCACCUCCCAUCGGAAGCACCCGCAUGCUCCAGCUCGUGGCAAUCAACAUGUUUGCGGUGUACAACUCCCAGCCCAAAGAGUGCCUCUCCGAGGACUGCCGCUCUGUCAUCCAGGAACAGGCCACGGCCCUGGGGCUCUCCAUGUUCUCCCUCCUGGUGAGGCGCUGCACCGACCUGCUGCGGGAGUGGGCGCAAGUUCAGCCACAGGAGGUGGAGCAGGAGGAUGAGGAGGAUGACAUCAAGGUCUCUGCCUUGCCCCAGGACCUGAAGGAGCUGCUCCCCAGCGUGAAGGUCUGGUCGGACUGGAUGCUUGGCCACCCGGACACCUGGAAUCCUCCUCCGACCUCUCUGGAGCUCCCCAAACAGGUCUCAGUAGAUGUGUGGGCGACGCUGGCUGACUUCUGCAACGUACUGACCACGGUGAAUCAGUCGGAGGUGCCCCUGUACAAGGACCCAGAUGACGACCUUGCCCUGCUCAGCCUGGAAGAGGAUCGGCUGCUCUCGGGCUUCGUUCCCCUGCUGGUCGCCCCCCAGGAGCCCUGCUACGUGGAGAGGACCUCGGACAAGGUUAUUGCAGCCGACUGCAAGAGGGUCACAGUUCUGAAGUAUUUCCUGGAAGCCCUUUGUGGACAAGAAGAGCCUUUGCUGGCAUUCAAGGGUGGAAAAUAUGUGUCAGUGGCACCCGUCCCAGACGCCAUGGGAAAGGAAAUGGGAAGCCAAGAGGGAAAACAACUGGAAGAUCAGGAAGAUGAUGUGAGGAUUGAGGCAUUUGAGGAUGACUCAGAGGCUGAAGGCAGCGGAGGAGAGCUGGACAUCAAGGAGCUCAGAGCCAAGAAGCAGGCGCUGGCCAGGAAAGUAGCUGAGCAGCAGCGUCGGCAGGACAAGAUUCAGGCUGUGCUGAAAGACCAGAGUCAAAUGAGGCAGAUGGAGCUGGAGAUCAGACCCGUCUUCCUGGUGCCAGACACCAACGGCUUCAUCGACCACCUCGGCAGCUUGAUGACGCUGCUGGACUGCAGGAAAUUCAUCCUGGUGGUGCCCCUGAUCGUGAUAAACGAGCUGGACGGCCUGGCCAAGGGCCCGGAGAUGGAGCACCGGGCCGCAGGCUAUGCCCGCCAAGUGCAGGAGAGAGCCAGGAAGUCCAUCGAGUUCCUGGAGGAGAGGUUUGAGAGCCGGGACAACUGCCUGAGGGCUCUGACCAGCCGGGGCAACGAGCUCGAGUCCAUCUCCUUCCGCAGCGAGGACACCACCGGGCAGCAGGGGAACAACGAUGACCUGAUUCUGUCCUGCUGCCUCCACUACUGCAACGACAAGGCCAAGGACUUCAUGCCCUCUAACAAAGACGAUCCCAUCCGUUUGCUCCGCGAAGUGGUUCUGCUCACGGACGAUCGGAACCUGCGAGUCAAAGCGCUGACCCGCAACGUGCCGGUGCGGGACAUCCCCACCUUCCUCAAGUGGGCCCAGGAGGGCUGAGGGGGCCGAGGGGGGGUCCAGAGCCCCCUGAGUGAGUAACGCAGCGUGCUGCGCUGGGAGCCCGGCUCCGGAGGCAGCCCUCACCACCACGCGCCACCGCCGCCUUCCAGCCCACAACGAACAAUAAACGCCACGUCUUCAACCCACCCCGGAAUGGCCGUGCUGCGAAGGGCCCCCCCGCCCCGGGGGCAGGCGAGCUGGGAAGGUCACGGCCGUGGAUGGUUCACGCGGAGGCUGGGACGCUGAGGGUCCUGCCCGCCGGCCUUUCGGGCGGUGCUGGAGCAGAGCCGGAGAGCCCUGCUGCCGUCCGAGGGAAGCUUCGGGUUAGCCCGUGCCGGAUCGCCAGCCUUUUGCUUUGGUUUGCUUGGUUGCAGAGAGCUCGAGUCGUGGGUCGGUGUCGCUUCGGGUUUGGAGGGCAGCGACCGGGGGACACGACGGCGCAGACUUUGGGAUCGCUCGGUCUCGCUCAGCCCCACGAGCGAGGCUCCCCGGGGUGCCACGGGCCUGCCUGCACCCUUCGGGGGUGCCGCGGACUUCAAGGGCAGGUCCCCCCGUGCCGGGUGCCCCGCUCUCGCCAUCGUCCCUGCCCCAACCUCUUUGUCCUGCACGUCCCUGGCAGCACCAGGUCCCCUGUCCCCACCCCGCGGAGGGAGACGCUGCCUGCAGAGGUGCUCGUCCUCUCUCUGGUGAAGGGUUUGCUUCUUGAGUUGCAUUUCAGCCGUCCCUGUAGGUUUGUUUCAGGUGUGUGCCCUGCCUGCUUUGCGGGGAGGAGGGCUUUGAACACCUCCGAUCCCCCCCCCCAGCUGCUUUCUGUUCUGCUCCCCUCCCACCCCACCAUUACCUGUCCCUCCCCUGAGCCCCGUGUCCCCACACCGCUCCUUGCAGACACAUUUUCAGCCUAAGACUCAGCGUGAGCCCAACGAAACCCUCCGAGUCCCUGAGGACCCCAGGACAGGCUGCGUGGCGGGUCCCAUGGCAGGUCCCAUCCCAAGAGCCUGGGCAGUGCCUGGUCCCAAGGCCACCUGUGGGGUCCCCUCUCAGAUCACCCCAAGCCCUGGAGGGACACGGACGCCUUGUCACAGGGCUCUGCACCUGCAGGUCCAAAUUGCACCGGGUGGAUCGGGGUGCUGCCGAGCCCCUCGGAGCCACGUCGUCACCGCCACCGUGGCACUGCAGACACAGAAGCCACGAGGGAGCGUUUUCCCAUGAACUGGCACCCCUGAGGCUCUGUCAAGCCCCGGUCCCGUCAGCGGAGGGUGGGACUGACCCCCCCCAGGGCCACCACGGCCGUGGGAGGGAAGCGUCAAAGGUGGCAGAGGAAGCAGCAGGACCGAGCCCGACAUUUUCCUUUCCUGCGUGGGUGGCUCGGACCUGGUGUACAGCACGUUCGAGCAGGAAGCCCGCUGUCACCCCAUGCCGGCUGCCUGGCCCCGUGGCGAGGACCAAAGGGGGGUCAGAGCCUCGGCAGCGCGUGGUCCUGGUGGGGCAGCACCGCGGGCGAGCAGGAUUUGUGCUCCUUUACCUGUACCAUACGAAUGCGCCGCUCACGGCAGCAGCUGGCAAAGGCUGGGCUCGGCUCAGGCACAGAUCCUGCGCAGGACUUUGGGGUCCCCGAGCAGCGCAGACGCUCGUGCCUGCAGGAGGGCACACGGAGUGCUUGUGGGCAGCAGCGAACACGAGCGCCACGGCCCCGCUCGAUGUACGUGGGCGACGGCUCUGCCGUGGGGUCAGCCCACACCUGCGCUCAGCGCUGUGCUGGGGUGCGCAGCGCGCAGACUGCGCCUUCUCCUCAAAGCCGAGUGUGUUGGAAAGGUUUUUUUUCUAACAGUGUUUCACUCUGCGAGUCCAGUCCUAGGUACGAGCAGCUCUGAGGGACACGCAGCCCCGCUGGACGCCCACCCCGUGCCCUGGGACGCUGCGCGGAGAGGCCAGCGCGACGGCGAGCAGAGCCUGAGAGUGCCAGGGCCAGCUGUGCCAGGCUGCCACCCCGCUCCCCGUGGGGAGCCCGUUUCUCGGGGAAGCGGCCGCGUUUGGGUGAUUUUGUGAAGCUGGUUUUAAUCAGUUUUAGUAUUAAACACUUGUCUGUGCA